AUGGCGACCAAAAAUGAUGGAAUCAUUAUCAAUGAUGCUUCAAACACAGCCAGCUCUUCCAGAGAUGGACUCAAUGAAUCGGAUCAAGAAAAAUCGCCGUCGAAGGAGAUCGCCGAAACUACAGUAGCAGAACACACUCCCCCUAGGCACCCGCUUCUUAGCCUCUUCAGGAGAAAGGUCAAGAAGCAUAAGCCUGAAGACAUCGCUACGCAGCCAUCUGUAUUUGACGAUCCGGUGAAAGCCGAGCAAUUCAAGCCGAGUCCUAAGUAUGAGAACCUUCAUCGGUUCGACCCGUCUUUUAAGUGGACAUGGGGGGAAGAAGAGAAACUUGUCAAGAAGAUCGACUGGAAGGUGACCGUGUGGGCUUGUAUCGCUUUCUUCGCCCUGGAUCUAGAUAGGAGUAAUCUUGGCCAGGCUAACACUGACAAUUUCUUGGAUGACAUGGGAUUCACGACAAAUGAUUACAACUAUGGGAGCACAGUACGCCUGGUGUCUUUCUUGCUUGCCGAAUUACCUUCGCAACUGGUUAGUAAGAAAAUUGGUCCUGACCGUUGGAUUCCAAUCCAAAUGGUAUUAUGGAGCAUUGUGGCUGGUUCCCAGUUUUGGCUUCGGGGCCGUUCAUCAUUCCUAGCUUGCCGUGCCCUCCUAGGUCUCCUACAAGGCGGUUUCAUUCCUGACUUGAUUCUCUAUUUGUCUUAUUUCUUCAAAGGAACCGAGCUUCCAUUUCGUUUAGCCUUAUUCUGGAUGGCGAAUCAGUUGACGGACGUGAUCGCGCCCUUGCUUGCAUACGGUCUUCUACGCCUCAGAGGCUAUCAUGGCUAUGAAGGUUGGCGCUGGCUAUUCCUAAUCGAGGGUAUCUUGACUUUUGCCAUUGGUAUAUGGUCAUGGUUCAUGAUGGCACCAUCUCCAACACAAACUAAGGCUUGGCACCGUCCCAAUGGUUGGUUUACCGAACGAGAGGAAAAGAUUCUCGUAAACCGAAUUUUGCGAGAUGAUCCGUCGAAAGGAGACAUGCAUAACCGGCAGGGCAUCACCUUUAAAAUGUUAUGGAAAUCCUUAGCCGACUAUCAUCUUUGGCCGAUAUACAUCAUUGGGUUAACUUUCAGCAUUCCAUCUGGCCCUCCUGGGCAAUACUUGACGUUGACUCUUCGAGCCCUGGGAUUCGAUACUUUCAAUACAAACCUCCUGACUAUCCCGGCGACGGUAAUAUCAACUGCCAACAUGUUGGUAUUGACCUACCUAUCCGAGGUUAUCAAUCAGCGUGUUAUACUUGGCCUUCUUGUAGAGUUUUGGACUCUCCCAUGCGUAGUAGCGUUGGCUUUACUGCCGGAACACACCUCGCGCUGGGGCUCGUAUGCACUUGUAACCGUUCUACUAGCACAUCCAUCGCCACACGCCAUGCAAGUUGGUUGGAGUAGUCGGAACUCCAACACUGUCCGCACCAGAACAGUCUCUGCUGCAGCAUAUAACAUUUGUGUUCAGCUUCAGGCUAUUAUGAGUGCAAACAUUUAUCGUGACGACGAUAAGCCACUCUACCGCCGUGGAAAUAGAGUACUUAUCGGAAUUAAUUGCUUGAAUAUUGUUAUAUACAUAGCUGUCAAGCUAUACUACAUAUUCGAGAAUAAGCGCAGAGAUAGGACAUGGGACGCAACGAGCCCGGAUGAGCAAAAUGAGUACCGCGAAAAUACAAAAGAUGAAGGAAGCAAGAGACUGGAUUUUAGAUUUGCAAGCUAA